AUGUCCCCCAGGCCCUUCGAGGGCUUCCUUCCCCCCCAGUACCUUCCCCACGCAUCCCCCAACCCCCACUCCUUCCCCCAACUGCAGACCCAGAACCCACUCCCCUACCAGUCCGCUCCAGCUGCUCUCAACAAGAGCGAAAGCUUCAACGUCAUGUCUGACCAUGCUCCCUUUCCACUCUACUGCCCUACCCCCAACCUGACGCCUGUCUAUCCGUCUUCUAGGUCCACAAGCUGCUACUCGGAUGGGAGUAUCUGCUUUACUCCCCAGGACGUGCCCAGCUUCUUCCCAGAGUAUAGCAACGUUGCCCCAAAGCGUCGCCACACUUACCUCGAAGACGACUCGCGCUCUGCCGACACGUUUGCCAAGCCCAACACCACUUCUGCUUUCUAUGGCGGCGAGGGUUCGUACAUGGUGCCCGACACGCGAAUCUUUUCAGAGCCCCUUGAAAUGUCUCGUCAUCGACACAGUAUCGUGCCCGACAGCGGGGACAGAACCACGUCCUUUGAGGAAGCCAAGACGGUUCCCAUGGGUGGCAUGCUGCGCUUGGCUGAAGAAGACGAAUUCGAGGCCAGUCCGAAACGCCCCAAGCUGGCGACGUCUCCUUCGUCCCCGGACGUGCCUCUGAUAGCCAGGCGGACGAGAAGUGUCCAGGCGUGUGAUCCUUGCAGACGUCGCAAAGCGAGGUGCAUUGGCCGCGACCCAUGCGAACGCUGUGCGAAAAGCAGACGCCCCUGCGUCUUCUCCCCCGUCCACCUCACCCGCCGCUCCUCUCGUCCGAGCGCCACUCGCAGACCAUCUGGUCUCUCCACCGCCGCUCCCAUAUCCACCUCCCCCAUCGGCCGGCACAGUCUCGAGUCUCCCGCCACCUCUCUCUCAGCUGGCCCAUCAUCGCGGCCACCGGGCGGCGAAUCACCCUGGCUGCCCAUAUCCCCACAAGUCCCCAAUAGCACGGGCCUAGGACUGCAAUUACAUCCCGCCAUGACCUCUGCAUCCCCUUCAUCGUCCUAUUCUUUGACACCAAAUUACUCUUACUACCCCGGUGGUCCUCCCGGUACAGAGUUUCCUCAAGGUCUAGCCAGAUCCGGCUUGGGCUUGGGCAUGUCUCUGGGUGGGCCGAGGGGGUAUGAGAGCUAUGAUGGCGGGGCGGGGGAUGAUGCCAGCUGGAUGGGCUCGGGAACGACAGAGAGCAGUAGUGCCAGACCACACAGUAGUGGAGACAUGGGAGGCGCCGGGCAGGCUUUGUGGAGUUAUUGA